AACUUUCUGUAUUGACUUUAAUUUGCAAAACACUAAAAUAAUAGAAAGCACAUUUUCAUGAAUAAAAUAAGGGACUUUAGAGGACUUUCACCUUGUUCAAACCCUAGGGAAGUGCUUUUUCUUUGGUCGGUCGAGAAGUUCAGAAGGUCACUGUCUUAAUUUGGAGACCCAAAAAUGGAGAGCACGAGGGUGAUGGCAAGGGGCACGGCAACAGGGAAAGACAGUGGCUACAAACAGCGGCAAGGGCACAGGAACAGGGCACCAAUACAGCCUCAGGACAAGGACGAAGAAGAAACUUCGGAUAAGGACGAGGUUAAAAAAAGGGUUAAGGAGAAUAUGGUAAUGGAAUAUACUCCUACGGGUGAAGAAUUGCACUGCCUUGAGGGUGGCAUGGUGGUAGUGGUGAGAUCGUUGGGUUUGAUAUCUGAGAUUCAGGAACGAGUGCCAUUGAAGGCAUGGGGAGAGAGGUGCUUUCAGAGGAUAGAGUCCAAGAGAAUUGCAAAAAGAAUCAAAUUGAAGGUGGGAGAUCAGCUGUAUGAAAUAGAGAUAGUAGAGGAGUGGCGGUCGGAUCCAGACUGGUGGUUGUCGGAGAAUGAUAGGAAAAGUGAUCAGAAAACGAAGUCCAAUGACUACUCUGUUGCGUGGAGUCAGAAUGAGGAUCCUAUAAUGGAUAUGGAUGUGAUUUGUGAUGGCGAUGAUGCCUCUUUUGGAGCAUCAGGGGGACUACUAUGUCUAUGGGAUAGGUGGCAUUUUGUUAAGCGGGAAGAGUUUAUUGGUGAUGGGUAUGUGGGAAUAUCAGGGGAAUGGGGUGUAAAUAAGCAACAGUGUUGUCUAAUAAAUGUGUAUGGCCCAAAUGAUAGACAGAAGAGGGCUAAGUUGUGGGAAGAGUUGAGGAAGAUGGUGAUUGACAAAGAAGGGCGAUGGUUGAUCGCAGGGGAUUUUAAUGCUGUUAGAGGUCUUGAGGAGAGACGCUAUACAUGGUAUAAGCCAAAUGGAACAGCAAGGAGCAGACUGAAUAGAUUCUUGUUGAAUUGGGGACCAAGGCCUUUUAGAGUUUUAGAUGCAUGGCAACAACAUCCAGAAUUCAAGAAGGUUGUAGAAGAUAAGUGGAGAGAGAUGGCAGUGGAGGGGUUUGCAGGGUAUAAAUGCCAACAAAAGUUAAAAUUGUUAAAAGAGUUUUUAAAAGGAUGGAACAAGGAAGUAUUUGGGAACAUGGAAGCCCAGCAUGUGCAGGCUAUUAAAAAAAUAGAGCAGGUUGAUAUGCAGAAUGAGGUAGUUGACCUGGAAGAAUUCGAGAUUGUUAAAAGGCAAGAAGGCUUUUUUGAGAUGUGGGAUUGUUUGAGAAAAAGGGAACUAAUCUGGAAGCAGAAGUCAAGGAGCAAGUGGGUGCGAGAGGGUGACGCGAAUACCUGUUUUUUCCAUAGAGUGGCUAAUGGGAGAAGGGCUCAAAAUAGUAUUGCAGGCUUAAUGUGUGAUGGGGUGUGGAUUGAAGAUCCAGAUGUAGUUAAAAAUGAGACUGUCAAAUAUUUUAGAAGUUUGUUCCAAGGUGACUCAUGGAAUAGACCUAAGCCCGAUGGUAUUAAAUUUCAAAAGAUUUUUGAGGAGAAAAAAGAAUGGCUAGAAAGACCAUUUUCGGUUGAAGAAAUUGAGGAAGGUUUAAGGAGCUGUGAUGGUUCAAAGGCACCGGGACCGGAUGGGUACAACUUCAAUUUUCUUAAAUUUGCGUGGCAUUGCAUAAAGGAGGAUUUCAUUAGUUUUUUCUCUGAGUUUCAUUGGAAUGGUAAACUGGUGAGGGGUCUAAACUCUUCUUUUUUAGCUUUGGUUCCUAAGAAAUUGAAUGUUGUGAAUUUAAAGGAUUAUAGACCCAUUAGCUUGAUUGGAUGUGUCUACAAAUUAUUAGCGAAGGUAUUGGCUAAUAGAUUGAAAUCAGUGAUGUCAGAAAUAGUGAGUGAAACUCAAUCUGCUUUUGUGGGGGGCCGUCAAUUGGUUGAUAGUGUAUUGGUGCUGAAUGAAGUAGUAGAUGAGAUAAAGAACAGGAAACAGCCAGCUUUUGUCUUUAAGGCAGACUUUGAAAAGGCAUAUGACUGCAUAAAUUGCCCGACAAAGGAAUUUGAGGUAGGUAAAGGAUUGGGUCAAGGGGAUCCUUUAUCUCCUUUUCUUUUUUUGAUGAUUGGUGAGGGGUUACAAGGCUUGUUUGCCGAUGAUACAAUAAUUAUGGGUAGAGCGGAUGCUGAGAAUAUACGAAUGGUGAAGGAUGUUUUAAGAUGGUUUGAACUUAUGUCUGGUUUGCGGAUAAAUUUUAACAAGAGUAGUAUCUAUGGCUAUAAUGUGUCGGAGAGAUGGCUAAAGGGAUCAGCGGGUAUGAGCGAGGUUGAUAUUACAACGAUUGAGUGUUUGAGGGUGUCAAAGCUGUGGAGGGAUAUUAUUAGAAUAGGGGGUCAAUCUUUGAGACUAAGGAAUAUGUUGGUGGAGGGUUUCAAGUGGGAAGUGGGUGAGGGAAAUAAGGUGGAUUUUUGGCAAGAGUGGUGGGUUGGAGAUAAAAUUCUUAGGGACUUAUGUCCAAGAUUAUAUGCACUAUCUGUUAAGAAGAAGGGAAAGGUUUUUGAAAUGGGAAGUUGGGAUGAGGGUAGAUGGUGUCGGCGUGUUGAGUGGAGGAGAGGUACUAUAGGGCGUGAGAAGGAUGAGGAGGUGGUGCUAGAGAAGGCGCUAGAUGGUGUUUAACUAAAGGAGGGGGUUGGGGAUGUUUGGAAGUGGAGGCAUGCGAUGGAUGGCAGAUAUGUUGUAAAGAUAGCCUAUGACUUUUUAGGUUCUAUGGAAUGUGUAUUGGAGGACCACAUAUGUAAAUUAAUAUGGUGCAGGUUG